GUGGUGAUGAUAUGAAGCAACAACGACACUAAAACUUGAUCCUUGCAACGUCUUACGGGCAAUUAUCAGCUGUAAUACUCAAGUUCAAUCAUCAAUCCAUAUCUUAUGCGCAAUCACCGACUUCUCCGAAUGACAUGAUGGACGGGCUCAACCAUCAAACAGAACAUGCGCCCAGCUACCCAGUCCCUGCUCGGAGAUUGGGGGCGCUUGAGCAUCCCAUGAUCAUCAAAAAUGUGGACAAGGCUAUGAACACAUUCCCUUCACACUACUCACUCGAGGCUAUCGUGGACUCAUCCAGCCCUCAAGUAUCGAUCCCACUUUAUCUACGGCACAGUGACCCGACAGUGAGGCCGAUUGUCUCGCACAAUGCACUCACUCACAAUGUUGUCGUGAAAGUCACGGUCCCUAAGCGUACAGGAAGGAAGCGCAAGCGUGGAACUGAUGGGCCCUUCGAGGGACCCAUUGUCGACAACACGUCCACGACAACAAACUCCAAUGAAGAAGUCUUCUCUCGAGACCGGCUCGACGCCCCCCGUAUCCUCCGUCGAAAGCUCAGCGACAAUGUAGGGAAAUACACCGUCGAGCCCAUCGGCGUCGUCACCAACACGCACCGCUACCGCGGCCUCGCCGACUUCCAGUACGCCAUGGGCAACUCCCCCUUCAUGUCCCGGUUCGUCGACCAGGUGCUGCCAGGCGACGUCGCCAAGCUCAAGGAGUUCGCCAUCCAACCGGGCAUCGAAUCCGGGAAGAAUAUCGACCUGAUCCCUCCACCCAACUUCACGCCCAUGAGCCUGCCCUUCCAAUACGGCUACGCCCAGAACCCGUACACCAAAGAAAUCAGCCCCGGCACCGCCGGCCAAGCGGACGACGACGGCGGCAACUCCGACACCGACUCCGAGGCCGAGUUCCGGCGCGUGGUCAACGUGACCUCCCGUGUGCCCGCAGCCGGCUACUUCAUCGCGCACGACGAGUACCCCGUCCCGUCCGCGCCGCGGCGCCAGCCCAACCUAGCCGACCCACAAGUCGCUCUUAUCAUGAAGGAAAUGUGGGCGGCGAUGGAAGAGCGGCCGAUCUGGACGCGACGGAGCAUGUGGAACCGGCUAGGCUCCAAGUUCGCCUCUUUACCAAAGAGCGGUUCGCUGGUGCGCCACUGCCUGCAAUACGCGGGCUACCAGUUCAAGGGCGGACCGUGGCGCGACGCCCUGGUCAAGUACGGCCUCGACCCCCGCUCGGAUCCCAAAUACCGCAUCUACCAGACCCUGAUCUUCAAGCUGCACAAGACCCGCAUCGGCACCGUCGGGCGCGAGUGGAAGGCCGUCCGCCGCUCCGAGCUGGGCGUCACCAACUUUGGCAAGUACUGGAACAGCUACGGCGAGAGCGCCAACCUGGGCCGGGGGCCGGCUUCCGAGCGCCGCUCGCGCGAGACGCACGUGUUCACGGGCGAGUCGUUCAGCACCGACGGCAAAGUCUGGCAGGUCUGCGACAUCACGGACCCGCUUUUACGCCGGCUGUUCGAGAACGCCGAGGUCCGGCCCGAGUGCGACACGGAGAUUUCGGGUUUCUACCACCGCGUGCUGUGGUCGGUGGCGAAAGCCAUCAUGAAGUGCAAGAUGCUCGCCAUCCGAUUCGGGCGCACGCUGUCGGACGACGAUUUCGGUGCCACGCUGGAGGCCGUCAAGGGUCCCAAUGACGGAGGGGAUGGGGGUUCGGGAACCAGCAUUGGCAUCACCUUGCCUGAUCUGCAGCUUACGGCCAAGGAGUGCGAGCAGUUGAGGGGGAGAAAUAAAAUCAAACCGGGCCUGAAACAAGGGCGUGAUCGGUGGGAGGAGAGGAAGAAGAAGACGCAUUAUAGGGUUAGGAUCCCGCUGAAGGAGGUGGAGGAGCGCGAGGCGGAGAAGAUGGCCUUGUUGUUGGGGAUAGGUCUCAAGCCGCGCGAGAGAAGGCGGGCUCCGGCUGAUGGGAGCGCUGCUGGUCUGGGGCCUUCUGCUGUUUCUGCUGCUGCUGCUGCUGCUGCUCCAGGUGCAGAAGUGGAUGAAGAAGUACCACUUGACCCGGCACUGGCGAGUAUCGGGGGAGGAGAGUCGGUUCAGGCUGAUGCCACCACCACCACCACUGACACAACCGACAAGAGACCAUCACCUGCCGCCGCUGAUGGCAAGGAUCAACCCGCUACCACCAAGACACAACAACCUCGCCAAGACCGCGAGGACGAGGAAGAAGGCGAAGAAGAAGAAGAAGAAGUCCAAGCCCCCAAAAUCCUCCAAGACAUCUUCGAAGACAACGAAGACGAAGAAGAAUACGAAGGUCUUUCCGAAGAAGAAGAAGAAGAAGGCGACUUUAGUGACGGCGACCUUCUCGGGGACGAAGAUGACGAAGAUGAUGAGCGUAACGUCUACGACGACGAAGAAGAUGACGAAGAGGAUGGCUACGGCGGUUAUAGGACUGAUGCCGGCUACCGCACUGACGGGGGCUACCAAACCGAUGGGGGUUAUCGGACCGAUGUUGGCUAUCGGACAGAUGCUGGCUAUCAGACCGAGGGAGGUUACGGUUACCGGACGGAUAAGGAGGAACUUGGGGGCGAGGACGAGGACGAGGAUGAGAGUGAGGAGGAGGAUGAGGACGAAGAAGGUGGCGAGGGUGGAGGCGAGGGAGAGGAAUUGGAGGAGAGGGGAAGACCUCGUCAUAGGCAGCAGCAGCAGCAGCAGGCCCAGUGGGAUGAAGAGGAUGUGGACAUUGACGAAGAGGAUGAGGAGGAGUAUAGCGACUAUUAAUCGCUUCUUAUGGCUCUGGCUUUUGUCUAUCUUGGUUUAUCACUUGGAACUUCUUCACCCAUAGGUAGCUUUACAAGUAGAGGGUAUCUAUCUAUCUGUCUAGCG